AUGCGUGCUACUUUCAUCCUCGCUGCCUUCGCUGCUGUGGCCGCUGCCCAGACUUCUUCUGCUGUUGAGAGUCCCUCCGAUGUCGAGACCACCGGCGUUGCUGAGACUGGCAGUGCCACUGCCACUGCCACUGCCACUGGCGGCGCUGAGACCGGCUCUACUGUCAUUCCCACCGUCACCUCUCAGCCCGUGAUCCCCUCUGGAACGGCUACUGAAGCCCCUACUACCCCCACCGGCAGCGGUGCCGAGUCCUCCGGUGCUGUGACCGGCUCCAGCUCUGCUGGUUCCUCUACCCUCGUUACCAAGUCCAGCAGCGCUGCGAAGAGCUCCUCUGCCACCGCGACUGAGACCUCCACCAAGACCAAGUCGACCGACGAAUCCACCAGCACUAAGGGCUCUUCCUCCAAGUCCAGCGCCGCUGCCUCCAGCACCUCUGAGGGCGCUGCCGUCCCCAUGGCCACUGCCGGUCCUCUCGGUCUCAUUGCCGGUGCUGCCAUCGCUGCUCUCCUGUAA